ACAUACAGUUAUUAUAGUUUUCAACUGCAAUUUUUAACAAAUUCUGGUACGAAAGUGCGGGUUUGUGCUUAAAUAGUGUUUCCAGUGGUAUUGAGCGUUUGUUUUGUGAAAUACGGCAAUGGCGGAGCUUAAGAAGUUAAAGAUUAUGCGCGGCCAAGUCAAGGCGUCUAUGACUCGCAUCGAGCAGUUUGUUAACGACCCCAAUAGUUUAAAUUCCGCCUCGUUGGAGUCCAUGGAGGCUCGUAAGGAAAAACUAGCCUCGUCCCUCAAAGAUUAUGAGGCAAUCCAACUUGAUAUAUUGAACCUUGAUGACAAGGACACAGAGGAUGCAGGUGACUUUGAGAACCGCUACUUUAGCACGAUGGCUAAGAUUAAUGAGACUCUCAGGUCUCUACGAGGGUCAGAUACAGUUCAAGUUGCUGGAGUUUCUUCUUCGAAGUUGCCCCAUGUUGAUAUACCAGUGUACAAUGGAAGCCUCCGUCGAGGACCGCUUGGCUUUUGUGCAAGAGAAGAAGCUGUGUACAGUUUGUAUAAACUCACACUCAGAUAAACCUUGUAAGUACAAGUUUAAAUGUAAAUUAUGUAAAGGCCAUCAUAAUACCCUUUUGCAUACUGAGGAUGCUUCAGAUGUCAAGCAACCAGCGGCGGCAUCUAUUGUUUUGACAUGUGUCAAGAAGGCAUCUUAUAAAAAAGUAUUACCUACAGUGAAGGUAAAAAUUGUUGAUAAAUUUGGCCGGGAUGUUUACUGCCGUGCAUUGCUUGACACCGCCUCAAGUGAAUCUUUUGCCGCAACUUCUCUUGUAGAAAGGCUAGGUUUUGCCACUGAGGCAGAAUGUGUAAAUAUAAUUGGUGUCAAUAAACAGACCUCCGUUAUGGAUAGGUCAGUAAUUAUUCCUGUGGGGUCUUGUCAAUAUGAAGACGUUAAAUUUAAUGUUGACUGUCAUGUUGUUGAUGAUGUAACGGCACAUUUGCCACCACAAUAUAUUGAUUGUUCAAAUCUGAAAUUUCCAAGCCAUGUCAAACUUUCUGACGAAAACUUUAAUGCACCAUCAGAAAUUUCAUUGCUAUUAGCAAGUGAUAUUUAUUUUGAAUCAUUAUUAAAUGAUUGUAUCAAAUUGCCUGAGGGGCUUGUCUUGCAAAGCACCGUAUUUGGCUAUGUUGUUGGUGGCAAGAUAAACCAAUCUGGCAAUGUCUCAAACACUGCUUUAGUAACAAAUUUUGCUGUUAGUGACAGUACAAAAUUAGAAAAUGUUAUGAAUCAAUUUUGGCUAGCCGAAAAGGUGCCAGAACCCCAACAAAAGGUUUCUGAUGAAUAUGAAAAGGCUGAAAAAAUAUUUCAGGAGUCUGUUACUUUGAAUAAUAACACAUUUCAGGUGGACAUUCCCCUUAAACACCCCUUAGGUGAACUAAAUUUGGGUAACUCCUUUUCGGCUGCCUUACAAAGAUUUUACUCGAUAGAGAGAAAAUUAAUGAAAAAUGUAGAGUUGCUAGAGCAGUAUAAAAAAUUCAUUGAUGAAUAUGUUGAAUUGGGACAUGCUAGGGAGGUCAAUAUUAACUCUUACGAUAUGUUGAAUGGACCAGUAAGCUUUCUAGCACAUCAUCCUGUUUUCAACGAGGCCAGCAAAAGUACAAAGCUUCGUAUCGUGAUGGACGGAAGCAUGAAAUCCAAAAAUAAGCUGUCUGUCAAUGAUGUCAUGCUGAAUGGACCUGUGGUGCAGGGUGAGCUCUUUGACAUAUUAAUUUUGUUUCGGACCUAUUUAUUCACCUUGAUAUGUGAUGUUCAAAAAAUGUUUAGGUGCAUUUUGGUCAGCCCGGAACAUAGAUGCCUUCAAAAUAUCCUCUGGCGGGAUAGUCCUGGCCAGCCCAUCCGCUGCCUUCAGCUUCAGACAGUUACGUAUGGCUUAAAGAGCUCUACAUUUCUAGCUACUAGGUGUUUGGUAGAGCUUGUAAAAUUAUUUGGACAUGAUUACCCGCUUGCGUCUCAAGCCAUUUUGAAUAAUACAUAUGUAGAUGAUGUCAUAGCUGGUUCAGAUGAUAUCAAUGAUCUUUACCAACUUAAAAAUGAGUUGAUUGAGUUAUUUAAAUUAGGUAAUUUUAAAUUACAUAAAUGGUGCUCUAGCUACCCAGCUGUUCUGGACGAUUUGCCAGAAAAUUUGAAGUACUUUGAGCAAAUAAACUUAGAUUCAAGUAAUGUGAUAAAAACUUUAGGUCUGAAGUACGAUAUUACUUCAGACACCUUAACAUUUGAGUGUCCCCCCUAUGAUGAGGAUACCAAUCAUACUAAAAGAACAGUUCUUUCAUUUAUUGGAAAAUGUUAUGAUCCUUUAGGUCUCAUAGCUCCUAUAAUAGUUUCAGCUAAAAUAUUUAUGCAGCUUUUGUGGUCUAUGCCCUUGGGCUGGGACACAGCUUUACCAGAUGCUGAACUUAAGGCAUGGAAAACAUUUCUUGCUAAUUUAAAAAUGAUGGGUAGAGUCUCCUUGCCUAGGCUAGUGCAUAGUCACGAAUGUAUGUUGGUAGAGUUAGUGGGUUAUGCAGAUGCGUCUUUCAAAGCUUUCGGUUGUUGCAUUUAUGUAAGAGUUUUUAAAUCAGACGGAGUUGUAGAGUCGAAAUUGCUUUGUGCCAAGUCAAAAGUGGCCCCACUGGCUAAAAGCCUUACUAUACCACAGCUGGAACUAAACAGCGCUCUACUAUUGGCGCAGCUGGCAUCUAGAGUCAGCGAAAAGCUAAAAGCUAGAUUUGCGCAUAAUACAUAUUUAUACAGUGACUCACAAAUAGUUUUGUGCUGGCUUAAGUCUACAAAAACAAAAGUCAAUACUUAUGUUAAUAAUAGGGUGAAGAAAAUUCUGGAACUCACAAACCAUGAUCAGUGGUCCUAUGUAAAGUCAUGCGAUAAUCCCGCGGAUUUAAUUUCCCGCGGAGUGGAGCCCCAAAGCUUGCAAGGAAAGCAAUUGUGGUGGCACGGCCCUGAAUAUUUGUCACAUGGGGAUUAUGUGCACCCUGCAUUUGAUAACAAGGCUCUCAGUCAGUCCUUGCAUGAUAAGCAUUUUGAUAUUAAUAUUAACGAAGGUUUAUCUUGCAAUGUUAGUCAGCGGGAUGAUUCAUUCGAGCAUCUCUUUGAAAAAUAUUCUAGUCUACAUAGGCUUCAAAAUGUUAUAGCGUAUAUUUAUCGCUUUUAUAAAAAUGCUUCUAAGUCAGGUCAUCAAUAUGACUCUACAUUGCUAACCCCUAAAGAGCUUCAAGAAGCAUUAAUUGUCAUUAUAAAAAAUGUGCAAAGGAAACAUUU